CCUCCAUAAGAUUCGAAAAAUUGUUGUUGGAAAGAAUCCUCCCAUGCCUGUUUUAUAUUAUUUAGAUGAAUCAGGACCUCAACGUCCCUUUGUGAGAGAACAAUUGAUGCAUAUUAAGGAGGAGCCUAUGCUACCACCUAGAUGGUUCCUAUUGGAAGGAAGCCGAAUGCAUGCAAGGCGCAUUUUAUAA